AUGGGUAAGACAUCUGAAGGGGGUCCCUCUGCAAUGUGGGAUAAAGAAGUCACCAAUAUAUUUUGUGAUCUAUGUUUAAAAGAAAUUGAGCGAGGGAACAGGCCUACAAUGUACUUUAAUAAGGAGGGCUGGAAUAAUAUUGGUAUGAGGUUCAAAGAACUAACUGGCAGAGAUUAUGACAAGCAUAAAUUCAAAAAUAAAUGGGACCAAUUAAAGAAGGAAUGGAAAAUAUGGAAGGAGUUGAAACGUGGAUCUACAGGUUUGGGUUGGGAUCCGAUUAAACGGACAAUUGAUGCUAACGCUGAAUGGAGGACUGAAAAAUUGGAGGCGGUACCUGCAGUUAAAAAGUAUAAAAAAUGCAAGAUUGAGCCUGAAUUUGAAGAAAAACUGGACAAAAUGUUUAAAUGGAUGCCAGAUGAAUUUACCCCUGAACCAUUGACACCUGAUGAAGAUGUGCGUAGCAUUAAUCAGAGAGAGACGGGGGACUCUAGCACAGUAAAGAGGCCCAAGGUUGCAAAGAAAAAUAAAGAGAAAGAACAUGUUUUGAACACCUCCUUCGAUCGUUUGAUUGAAGCAUUUGCAGCUCCACCUAUCUCUGAUGCAAGCAUAUUAGACUGUCUGGGGCUUUUGAGUACUAUUCCUGAAGUUCUUGCAGAUAGGCGAUUUCACGCACAAUGUGUAAAAAAACUUGAGGAUUCAACUAGAAUGAAAAUAUUCAUGGCGCUUGAGCCUGAAAUGCGACUUGAAUAUUUGCGGGUUUUGUUCGAUGAAUGA